AUGGUACCAAUCAAAGAGGAAGGUCUAAUACCAAUUGUGGAUAUGGUGGUAAUUGUAGGUAAAAGAGGUUGUUACAUGAGUUAUGUUGCUCAGAGAUUGUUGGAAGGAUUGAAAGCUUAUCCAACAAUGUAUGAAGUUAGUGAAAGGUUUAUAUCGAGGAUGACAUUAAUGUGUAACGUUAGAAGGUUUCUUAUUGGAGAUGAUAAGACUUUGGUUGCAUCAUUGUUUCCAGUGGUAUUCACUGGGGGUAAAUUUGUUGGGGGUUUAGAUUGGCUUAUAGCUAUUCAUGUCUUUGGCAAGCUCAUUCCAAUGUUGAAAGAAGCUGGUACUAUUUGGCUUUGA